UUCGCCGUCCGUCUCACCCGUGAUGUUGCUCCUGAGUCUUCCCAAAGUCUUCUGGAGUGACCGUCCCAUCAGAAGAAGUCACCUGAAUGGCGGCGCCAUGAGUGAUUGAAGGUGUUCCUCUGGGUGGUGGCUGGGAGGCAGAUGGAUGUGAGGCCACGCAAAGGUCAAGGGGCCGCAAAAGAUUCCGGAUGUAUUCCUCUGAGAUCACCGUUAAAGAUGAAAAGCUAGAAAGUGGUGUUAAAAAAAAAUAAAAUAAAAAACAAUAGCAGACCUACUGACACAGUGCUGAGAAAUACGUGAAUGUGGGAUUGAAUGCCGCACAGUGAGAGAGGAAAAAAAAAAGAGCGUGCGAGACGCACAACUCCAUCCUCUCCUCACACCCUCUUCCCCCCCACCCCCCCUUCCUGCAACGCUCCCAGCAUCAACCCAUGCAGUCACACUUUGGACUCCACUGCUGCGCGCUCACUAUGAACGCGUCGCGCUUGCUUCGCCCUCCUCUCAGCUGAGACUUUUAUGGACAUGCAGCGUGUGAGUGUGUGAGUGGGUGUGGGUGUGCGUGUGUGUGUGUGGGUGUGUGAGCGCAGCGGAGGAAUGGACUCCCGGCUGCUGACCGGACCCGGCAUGCCCACGCCAGAGCCUGCGUGGAACGUGAGCUCCAUCGGUCCGCCGCACCGGCUGCUGGAGCUGGUGCCGCUCACCACAGCCGGCGCCGUGGCUCCAAGCCACCUGUUUCCAACGGUGGACGUCCCGGACCACGCGCACUACACCAUCGGGGUGGUCAUCCUGUUCGUGGGCAUCACAGGCAUUCUGGGCAACUUUCUGGUCAUAUACGCUUUCUGCAGAAGCCGAAGCCUGCGGACGCCGUCCAACAUCUUCAUCAUCAACUUGGCCGUCACCGACUUCUUCAUGUGUCUGACUCAGGCGCCCGUCUUCUUCGUCACCAGCAUGCACAAGAGGUGGAUCUUCGCCAAGAAAGGCUGCGAGUUGUACGCCUUCUGCGGCGCCCUCUUCGGCAUCUGCAGCAUGAUGACGCUGAUGGUGAUCGCGGUGGAUCGCUACGUGGUGAUCACGCGGCCGUUGGCCUCGCUGGGGGCCAUGUCUCGCAGGAAAGCGCUGAGCAUCGUGGCGGUGGCCUGGCUGUACUCCAUGGGCUGGAGCUUGCCUCCCUUCUUCGGCUGGAGCGCUUACGUUCCGGAGGGUCUCAUGACGUCGUGUUCGUGGGACUACAUGACGUUCACGCCGGCCGUGCGCUCCUAUACCAUGCUGCUUUUCACCUUCGUCUUCUUCAUCCCGCUGAUCGUCAUCAUCUUCUGCUACUGCUGCAUCUUCAGGGCCAUCCGACACACCACCCGGGCCUUCGAAAAGAUCAACUGUGAGGGCACCAGGGAGUCGGCCAAGAGGUUCCACAAGAUGAAGAGCGAGUGGAAGAUGGCCAAGAUCGCGUUGAUUGUUAUCCUGCUAUUCAUCAUCUCCUGGGCCCCCUACUCUUGCACCGCGCUCACCGCUUUCGCCGGGUAUGCAGACCUGCUGACCCCGUACAUGAAUUCUGUCCCGGCAGUGAUCGCCAAAGCGUCAGCCAUCCACAACCCCAUCAUUUACGCAAUCACGCACCCCAAGUACAGGUCUGCAAUCAGCCGCUACGUGCCCUACCUGGGUGCGCUGCUGUGUGUGCGCGUGCGCGACCGCUUGAGCAGCAGCAGCUUCCAGUCCACCCGCCGCUCCACCCUCACCAGCCAGUCGGAGAACAAUCGCCACUGCAAGCCUGCCCACUCUUCCCAGUCGGACAGCGAAUCAGCCCGCUUCUCCGAUAUGGACGACGACACUUCCCUCCGAGCGCCUGUGAACCAUCAGGCGCCCUGUGAUGUCAGACAUCCGCGACGUUCCAGCCAGAGGUUAAAGAGUGUGACGGAAGCCGAGGACAUCUCCAUGUCGGACCUUGGCCUCCUGGCCAAGAGUCGCCUCCCUGCCAGUCUGUCUCGAGCAGCGGACGAGUUUGGCCCACAGUUCAUCUGCAAGCCGACGGCCGCCAGUAUCGUCACGUCCAUAUCCAGCCCUUCCAUACUACACAGUCCCCCCGGUUUCCAUGGCAACCACAGCAAAAGCUUCUGCCCCGUCGCCAAGGCGUCACUGGACAUCGCGCGACUGGACGCGCCCUCGGCAACAGCGUGAGCGCCAUCAGACGGACAGACACGUGUGUAAAUGUGGAUUUUUUUUUUUUUCUCCCACCAAAUAGCAGCAUGCUAACUGCUAAAAAUGCUAAUUUAAAGCUCCAGCACGCACUGUUGCCCAAUCAUGAAUCAUCCAGUAUGUACUGAAUGUUGUGGGCAUACAAAUGCUGUUUUUUCCACUGAAUGACAACAGAUAAGUAGGGUCCAACCGAUUUAAUCGGCUGAUCAUAGCACUUUUAAAAUCGGCCAAUUUAUUUAUUUGACUUUAUUGCUGAUUGUUGUUGUUUUUUUUUUACACGUUAAUAUAUUGCAACAUAAGAAAAAGAUGACAUUGAAAUAUUGCUCCCCUAAAAAUUGUCCAAUUUUUGGGAGGUCCGGAGCAAGCACACGGUGCACACUGUGUACUUGUCCUGUGAUUGGUGUGCGAAAAAUUGCAUCAGGCAUUCGUGAUAAUCGCCAGCUGACACAUAAGAAGUAAACAGAACAACUAAAAAUAAUCCAAUCUAAAAAAAUUCAAAAAUAAAUCAACGGGCACAUGGACAUGCACAAUGAACGUGUCCUACAGAUGAAUACAAUUGCUCCUCUCGCCUGUGAGUCACGAUCUCUGCCACAUAAGCACAAUAUUCUGAUGAAAUGACUAUUAGAGGAUUUAUUAAAUACAGAACACAUAUGUACACACACACACACCAUCCAUUGGCAUAUUCCUUGUCUCUGAAUGUACAGAUAAUUGGGGACAUUAACUGUAAAUAUGAUAUGACGGAUCAUAGAAAGUGUACAUUGUGCACCCCCAAAGUCCCGUUUUGUUUCUUCUUUGUCCAAAGAUGUUGUCUCCGAUGGUUGUUUUUAUUUAUUUUUCUAAAUAAAUUUGUUGCUACG